ACUCGACUGAACUACACAUUGGACUGAUUGGACUACAGCUUACGUCAUCUCUGUGCGCUUUUAGCGAGAAGGACCUCUGGACAGAGAGAGAGAGAUGCAUGUGAGUGUGUCUGUCAGAGGUUUGAGAAAGCUUAACGUACAGCGUCACUGUAUCUCAUUUCUCAGCGUUCAUUCUCUUCUGAACCGUCCUUUUUGUUCUCCGCAGUGUGAACGCAGCAGCUCCACGAUGGAGCAGGCGGAGGUAAACACCCCGGUGUCUGGGGAGGAAAGCACCCCGAAAGAGGCAGAAACAGGCAAAAGAAAGAGCGACGAGCCGAGCGAAGCUGAGACAAGUGGCCGCAGCAAGAGGCGAAGAGGAGCCGGAGGGAAGAAGCUCCGUCCCGGGGAGAGAUACAUCCCUCCUCCGCAGAAGCGCAACCCGGGCGUCAGCUUCAGCAAGGAGCAUUUCGACGAGACCUCCUACUACUUUGAAGGCGGCCUGCGGAAAGUGCAUCCCUACUACUUUGACUUCAAAACCUACUGCAAAGGUCGGUGGAUUGGAAAGAGCCUCCUGGAGGUGUUCGAGAGUGAGUUCAGAUCCGAGUCCAUCGAGUACUACCAGAGGGCGACCAAGGAGGGUCGCAUCCGGCUGAACGACACACCCGUGGAGGACCUGUCUGUGGUGCUCAGGAAUAAUGACCUUAUGAAGAACACAGUGCAUCGCCACGAGCCCCCUGUAGUCGGCAGACCCCUGGAGGUCCUGGUGGAUGACGGGGAAGUGCUUGUGGUCAACAAGCCCGCCUCAAUCCCGGUCCACCCCUGCGGCCGUUUCCGCCACAACACAGUGAUUUUCAUCCUGGGAAAAGAGCGAGGCAUCUCUGAGCUCCACACAGUCCACAGACUGGACCGGCUCACCUCGGGUGUGCUGCUGUUUGCCAGGACACUGGAGACAUCGAAGAAACUGGACCAGUUGGUGAGAGACAGACAGCUUGAAAAGGAGUAUGUGUGCAGAGUAGACGGUGAGUUUCCAGAAGGGGAGCUGAUCUGCGAGGAGUCCAUCCUGGUGGUUUCCUUUAAAAUUGGCCUCUGCCGUGUCGACCCAAAGGGAAAGAAGUGCAGAACCGUCUUCCAGAGGCUUAGCUUCAAUGGAAAAACCAGCGUGGUUCGCUGUUUACCAGUGACUGGACGCACACACCAGAUCAGGGUCCACCUCCAGUACCUGGGCUUCCCCAUCCUCAAUGAUCCCAUCUAUGGGUCCUUGGCCUGGGGUCCACAUAGGGGGAGGGGGGGGCUGGUGGAAAAGAGUAACGAGGAGCUGCUGCAGGCCCUGAUAGAGGAGAAUCGCUCGGAGGAAAGUCUCCCUCUGCUGGAUAUUCCGGAUGAUGGGAUUCAGCAAAAGGCAGAGAAAAACAAAACAUCUGAGAAAGUUCAACUAUUAGACGGCCCUUCUGAACCCAACAAAAGCGGAGAGAGUCAUCAGAUUGACACACAGGUGCCGACAGGUGGCAGCUCAAGCAGUGACACAGCUGAUGAGGUGAGUCAGGGCUGCACGGACCCAGACAGUAACAAUACCUCCUCACCGAAAACUCAACCCAACAAAUCAAACGGAAAUCAAACAGAGGCAACAACUCCAAAAAGCCCUCCAGAGACCAAAGACCAUCUGUGCAGUGAAUGUAAGCUGGUACGAGCAGAUCCCACAGAGAAAGAACUCAUCAUGUAUCUCCACGCUUUACGCUACAAAGGACCUGAUUUUGAAUACUCCACGCCUUUACCCGAUUGGGCCAAAGAGGACUGGGUCGAGGCUGAUUGGAGCUGACCUGAUGCUCAUGACUUUGGCGUUUUUAGAUUACUGCCGUCAUGCUUUCUUUUUUUUCUUUUUUUUCAGACAUUUAAUAGAAUGAUUAGAAAUCCUUUUGAAAGAUUAUGCUUUGAGGCAGUUUUAAAUUUUCCUGUUUUAGCAUAUGCUGAAUGUAGAAAUAUGUUUCUCUUUGGCUCCUAGCUGUUGCCUUAAAUGCAUUAAGUACAAAUGGAAAAUUAAUUUGUAUUUAUUCUCAUUUUACUUUGUUUUAAUGUCAAGAAUAUAGUUUUUAAUUUGAUUUCACCCUUUUAAGCCUGUAAUCUGCCCAGUACUCAAACCAUGAUUUGAAAUAAAUAAAAAGCCAGUCCGCAGGAAAAUAAAUGAUUUAUUUCUA